GUGCUGAGAUCUUCUCUCUUUGGUGCAGACACAGAGCAUUUUUCUAAGUGUGACUUGACUGCAUGCAACACAAAUUUUAUAAAGGACCAGCGUGGCUUCCAGUACAGCUUCCAGGGCUAUCGUCCUCUAGAUCCAGCCUGUGCUCUUGUAAAACCAAAAUUGUCUUCUGAAGUUGUAGGCCUGGAUCUGCAGUGCAAAGGAAGAAGGAGAAUCAGAAGAGAGACUAUGAAUUUUUGGAAUGUUCUUGAGGAUUCUCCAGAGUACUGUUCCUACCUGAGAUGGUGAUUUGUAUUUCAUUCUUGUGACCAGUGUGUAAGGACUCACCUCUCUGAACCUAUUCUCCCACAUUGCUGCCUUGUGUAAGAAUAGCUAUGGCCGUUGAUGAAAUUCUACAGCAUGUAGGUGACAGAGGAAGAUUUCAAAUUUUGAGGGUUGUCCUUUACAUCAUUUUAAGUUUGCUGUCAUCCCCUCAUGACAUCAUGGAAAAUUUUACAGCAGCCAUCCCCAAUCACCACUGCAAUGUAAAACUUCUUGACAAUCACAGAUCUGAAAUUAAUAUAACCAUGAACUUAACUACUGAAGCUCUGCUGAAGGUCUCCAUCCCAAUGGGCCCUGAUCAGAAACCUGAAAAAUGCCGACGCUUCCGGCACACCCAGUGGCAUUUCUUAGAUUCUAAUGUAUCAGUUCUUAACAACACUGAGCUGGAGACUGAGCCAUGCCUGGAUGGAUGGACAUAUGACCAGAGUGUUUUUACUUCCACCAUAGUUACUGAGUGGGAUUUAGUCUGUGAUUUUCGAUCAUUCAAAUACUACGCACAAGCUAUCGCUAUAGCAGGGCAUUUGGUGUCUGGUUUAGUAGGUGGCAUUUUUUCUGACAGGUUUGGAAGGAAACCAUUGCUGGCAUAUUCUUGCUUAGCCUAUGGGAUUUUGGGCAUCUGCUGUGCCUUUGCCCCCAGUUUCUUCCUUUACUGUGCUUUGAGAUUCCUGUUGUCUGCCUCCAUAAGUAAUAUUGUAAACAACUGUACUAUCCUUGUUUUAGAAGAAACCACCCCACAAUGGCAUGGCACAAUCAUAGUACUCGGUGGACUGUUCUUCAGCAUUGGCCAGUCCUGCCUUGGUGGACUUGCUUACUUGCUUUCAGACUGGCAUAUGCUGCAACUUGCUUAUGCCUUGCCCCACUUCAUAUUUUUCAUUGUUUUCUGCUGGGCACCAGAAUCAGUCAGGUGGCUAAUGACCACAGGGAAAACAGAACAAGCAAUAAAGGACCUACAGAAAAUUGCCUUCAUCAAUGGGAAGAAAGACAUUGCACAUAACCUAACUACUGAGGCUAUGCAAUCUAAACUUAAGGAAGAUCGGAAUUCAACCAGCAAACAUUUCAGAAUAAAGGACAUCAUUAUUAAUCCCACGAUGCGUAAAAUACUGAUUUGUAAUUCCAGUGUAAUGUUUGCAGCACUUUUCAGUGGUUAUGGUAUCUUGUUGGAUAUUCAAGUUUUGGGAAAGAACAUAUUCAUGAACCUGAUUCUCCUAGGAGUGACAGACAUACCCAGCAAAUUAAUUACAUAUUUUAUAAUAAGAAACGUAAGACGUCGUCCUUCAGUUGCUUUUACGCUCCUUACAAUUGGCAGUUGUAUUGCCAUCACCAUAUUUAUACCUGAAGAUAUGUAUGUCCUGCGCCUUGUUCUCUUCCUGCUGGGAAAAGGCUCUUUUGCAUCUUUCACUUGUCUGGCUAUAGCCUAUACCCAGGAACUCACACCAACAGUUCUCAGGUCCACUCUAAUUGGUGUUUAUAAUAUUGCUGCCCGCAUAGCAGCAAUAUUGUCUGCACUAGCACUUGUUACUAGGAAGUAUUUUGUACACCUUCCUUUGAUUCUCUGUGGGAUCCUACCCGUAGUGGCAACAAUCAACAUCUAUUUUCUGCCGGAGACUUUAAAUUUUCCACUGAUGGACACUAUCAAGGAUUUGGAGAAAAGGUUCGUGAAAAAAAGCGUCAGUAAAAAAGAAGAGCAAGACUUUCUGGAAACGACAGAGUGUUAAAGAAGCCCAAAUCCACAGGGCUUUCAUAAAUAUAAAACCUCCUCAUUCUGUUCUGUACUCUAGAGACUCGAUCCACUGAUGGAUAUCCAUAAAUACACUUGUUAAAUAAACCUAUUGCAAAAGCAAA